AUGACUAAGUGGGCAGUGGAUAAUGGUGUUAAGGAUUAUUGGGUAUACCCAGACGAGUUCAUGAUUCACAAUAAUUGUCGAAAUUUUGAUUUAACACUAACGAAUAAUGAUAACAAUCGUCACUUGGCUACACACAUGAAGAUAAUCGAGCCCAAUGCGUCGGCCAUAGGCCCAUGGUGCUAUGCUUACGAUCCUGUUCAUUCGAAAUACUACGUGGCACGUUGCUUCCCUGAAUGUAUUGGAAGCAGCUAUCAGGGUACAACAAUUUCUCCUCAUCGCACUAGAAUGGUAACUGCGGAUACGAAACCAAACUACAAUACGAGGCUAAUAGAUGCGAUCGCCGUAAAGGCUUUUAGCAAAUAUGAGUGGGGGCCAUCAGCAUAUUAUGAUUCCAGACCGUCAAAUCUGUUACUAUCGGCCGAGUUUGAAAAAAAUCGUUACUCAAUUUUCUUUGCUAUGAUUGCGGUUGGAAUGAUUAUUAUGAUUUGCAGUAUUUCAUUUGUUAUUACCCGAAGUUAUAUUAAAACUAAAGAAAGAGAGCUGAAACAGGAAGAGAUUAAGGAGAAUAUAGCUGAAAAAGUACAAUCAGUAGCAAAGAAUUCAGCAACACAAGUUGCUCUUCCGGUUUCAAAUCCAGCCGAAAAAUUGAAGCGAAAACUGGGAAUGUCCGUAUGA